AUGGCAGGGCUCCUGUGUAAGAGGCGCAAAAAAGGAGUGAGUGACCUCCAAGAAGAAGGUAAAAAUGCUAUCAAUGCACCAAUGAACCCAAGCACCGUGGACAUCCAUCCAGAAGACACACUAUUAGAGGAGAAUGAGGAACGCACUAUGAUUGAUCCUAACUCAAAAGAAGACCCCAAGUUCAAAGAACUGAUCAAGGUUCUAAUUGACUGGAUUAAUGAUGUGCUGGUGGAGGAGAGAAUCAUUGUCAAACAGCUUGAAGAGGACCUUUAUGAUGGGCAGGUGCUGCAGAAGCUGCUAGAAAAAUUGGCUGACCGUAAACUGAACGUGGCAGAAGUGACACAAUCUGAAAUUGGUCAGAAACAAAAGCUGCAGACAGUCCUGGAAGCUGUCCAUGAUUUACUCAGACCCCAUGGCUGGACAAUCAAGUGGAACAUUGACUCAAUCCAUGGCAAGAAUCUGAUUUCCAUUCUUCACCUUCUGGUAGCUUUGGCAAUGCACUUCCGGGCUCCCAUUCGACUGCCUGAACAUGUGUCUGUACAAGUGGUGGUUGUACGGAAACGUGAAGGCCUCCUUCAGACCACUCACGUUACAGAGGAGCUGACGACUACGACAGAGAUGAUGAUGGGAAGAUUUGAGCGUGAUGCCUUUGACACACUUUUUGAUCAUGCACCAGACAAACUCAGCGUAGUCAAAAAGUCUCUGAUCACGUUUGUGAACAAACACUUGAAUAAACUGAAUUUGGAAGUAACGGAGUUAGAAACCCAGUUUGCAGAUGGUGUUUACUUGGUUUUGCUCAUGGGUCUCCUUGAAGACUAUUUUGUUCCGCUUCACAACUUCUACUUAACACCUGAAAGUUUUGAUCAAAAGGUCCAUAAUGUUUCCUUUGCUUUUGAGCUGAUGCAAGAUGGAGGACUGAAGAAACCAAAAGCUCGCCCUGAAGAUGUUGUCAACUUGGAUCUGAAGUCUACCCUCAGGGUUCUAUACAACCUGUUCACAAAGUACAAGAACAUUGAAUGAUCCUGGAAGCUGCUGAGGUCUUCAUCCUUCCAACCUCCUUAGGCAGAAAUUACAAUAAACAUGCCCUCUGCACACUCCCGUUGUGCCUUAUGCUAUACUUCAUGCAUUCUUUCUACAGUUGAUGUGGUCUGUCUGUAGCUGUUUGUGUGACAAUCCCACUAAAAAUAAUGCACGUAUAUUCUCUAGGUCACUUGAAAAUGUGUAGAUAAUUCGUACUUUUACCAGAAGAUACUGUUGGGUCUGUUGUUUGUUAUGAUCAACCAAUGUUCUUUUGAUAAAGGAAAUAUACCACUAACUACUUUAAUAAGCAGGGAAAACGUGAGUCCUUCCUCAUGGCUGGAGACUCUUUGAUUCUACAGUAGACUUUCUU